AUGGAAGUGGACGACUCGGAUGAGGAUGAAGCGGACGGCGGAUCGAAGGCUGGCGGGCCGAUUUCGCGGAAGCGUGGAAGAGGCGGAGACGGGGCCAGUGUAGCCGGCGGGGACGACGAAGAGGGGGAUACGUCGGGUAUAGUGCCCGGCACGACGCCGUCUGGGAAGAAGCGCCGCCCCCACGCGCCGAGGCGCAGAGUCGUGCAGAGCUGCUCAGAGUGUCGCCGGAGGAAGAUCAAGUGCGACAAGAAGGUACCGUGCGGACCAUGCGUACUACGAAGCGAUGAGGCUCAGUGCCAUGAGGUGGGCAUGGCGGAGAAGAAUCGUGCGAGGCUGACGAGUAGACAUGCAUUCGCAACAGCUACGGAUCUCGCAUUGGUAGCGCAACGCCUCGACGCCCUAGAAGCAGCUCUCAAGAAGAGCGGCACCCUCGCGCCGGCGGACGUGGACAACAUCAUCAAGAAGGCCUAUCGAGCGGGCCCGUCAUUAGAGGACAACGGGGACGCUGACCUGGAUCCACAGGACGACACGGAGGGCGCUGCGCUUACGCUGGAGCACCUCGCAUUCGGUCGGUCUCGCGUUGCUGGCGCUCAUGCCAUCCCGCACUUUGGCGCGAGCCAGUCGGCCAUCUCCAAACACGCACCGAACAACGACUAUCAUCUCGCCCGAUCACAUCCUCUCUCGCAUGGCGAUACGCCCCCAGGAUCGGGCGGUCGGGCCGUAUCCUUCUCUGGAUCCAAGUCCAUCUCGGCCGGAAACAGCCCGGCCAAGGACUUCAGGCGCGGCCUGAGUGCCGAGGAUCGCGCUAUGAGAAUCGACGCCCUCCUUGAUCUCAUUGGGCCGACCGACGUCUUCCAGCUGUUCUACCGGCAGUCGGAUGUGGGAUUGAGGGCUUUGACCAAGAUGCUGCCGGGGACUGAGAGGGGCGAGCUGCUAGUCAAGAAUUACCUUGAAAAGGUCGACUGGCUCCAUCGAUGCCUGCAUAUCCCAACAUUUUUACGCCAGUGCCAUGAUCUUUGGGCAUUACCGCACGAUAUGGUCGUGCACGAGAUGGCUCUGCCUUUCGUCGCGCUCUAUUUUAGUGUUUGCUGCCUCGGUAUCCAGUUCAUGGACGCUGAUGAAGCCAACAAGCACUUCACACCAGAGGAGAUCCGGGACCUGCCCGAGCUGUACUUCAGCGCCGCGAGAAGCUGCAUGUGGGCGGCAGACUUCCUUGAGCGACAUACGACCGAGAACUUGCAGUGUAUACUUCUACUAGGGGUGUUUAUGAACAAUCGAGACCGAGGGGAAGCGGCUUGGGCAUUGCUUGGAGCUGGGAUCAAGAUGGCUCAAGGUCUCGGUCUUUCCAGGCUUGGAGCAGAACCCACCGAGGCAGAUACCAUCAAGACUUCACCGAUGUGGACUGGACGCUGGGAAAGUGUGAUUGAGCGAGAAGUCGGAAGGAGGAUCUGGUGGAAUCUGGUCUUUCUGGAUUGGGCCCUGUCUCCCAGCUACAACUUCAGCUGCAGCAUUCACCCCGAUCAGAUCAAGACCGCUCUGCCGUCGAAUAUCGAGGACGAGGACAUCGUCGAAGGCCGACCACUCCGCCCUCAGCCACUGCAUGUCCGCACGGGAAUGAGCUUCUGCCUUGCCCGGAUCAAGUUCAUUCAGAUCAUGUAUCGCCAGAUCUGCGAGGCAAAUCUGCAUCCUCAUCCGCCUUACUCCUUCAUCCUCUCCGUCGAUGGCGAGCUUCGCCAAGCCAUGAUGGACCUCCCAACUUUCUUCCAGCCCAACUCCACCGCUCCGACCGCGCUCGAUCGCAGCACGCCUCCUCCCGCAGACCACGAUCCCAAGCGCCUCGUCCAGUAUUACGAGAAGGUCAUGCUUCACCUCGCGAUCCAUUCGAGGAUGCUCCGGCUGCACCGACCCUGGCUGUCCAGAGGGUAUACGGACGAGCGAUUUGCGUAUAGCAAGGAACAGUGUAUACGGGCGGCGAGGGCAAGUCUGAGAUUGAUGGGUGAUACACAUGGGACGGCAGCGUUUUUGGAGAAGUGGUGGCUACCGCUUUUCUAUGUGUCUGUCUCAGGACUGGUCGUGAUUAUUGACCUUCUGCGUACCAACAAGCACGACAUGCACUCGAGCGAGACGGAGCAGAAGAUCAGCGAGGUCAAGGGCGCGCUCGACCAGAUGAGGCACAUUGCAGACGUCUCUCAUCCAUCUCGGUCAGCGGUCAAGGUCAUGGAGUUCUUGCUCGCCGAGGUGGAAGAGCGACGCCGUCCUCCCGGCUGCUCGGCCGGAAAGCGGAAAGCAGACGAUGAUGAUGCGGACGGUCUUCAAAGAGCAGUCAAGAAGCUCAUUCGCCAAGCACAGUUGGAGAUUGACUCGCCGACCACCAGCGCCGGUAGCUUUCCAGCAGCCUCCCCGCCCCCAUCAUCCUCGCUCCACCGCGUCAGCGUCUCUCCACACCACAAUCCCGCGCACGACCGGCCAGUCUUUGACGCUUAUCCUCUCCUCCCGUCAACGGCGGCUCUGCAGCAACAAGCGGCUGGGCCUACCUCUGCGAUCCCCCCACGAUCUCGCCGAGGUAGCACAGCAGGCGGCGCGCCGUCCCCCUUCUCAUUCCCCGUCGAUACCGACCAAUCCUUCCCUAACAACCCAUUCGCCUUCCCAUCUUUCGCGCCCAACACAUCUGCGUUAGGUCCGCAGCUCGAUCCAUCAGUCGAGGACUUGCUGUCCAAUUACUUUCCGACGCCGCAGCAGCAGCAGCAAGGCGGGAACGGGGCCGCGGGCGGGAAUGGCGAGAUGCAGCAGGGAUGGGGCACUGUCCCGGAUGAUUUCCUCAGUCGGGUGUUUAGCUUUUCGUGGGAGGCGGCGCCGGGUGGAGGGGUCGAUGGGCAGGGAGGUAACGUGGGGCAGCAGGGGCAGCAGGGUGGUGUUGGGUCGGGCAUGGGGCAGGGACAAGGACAGCAGAAUGCACAGGGGACAGGGGGGAUGUCGCAGCGCCAGUAUGGGCCUGGACAGGGUCAGAGCCAAGACCAGGGGCAAAGGCAGGGGUUCACCGGUGGUCAGAGCAUGAGAGGUGCGGGUGGACAGGGUAUGGGCGGUACUGGGCAGACAGGACAGGGCCAGGGCGGAGACUUUGUACCAUUUGACUGGGGGACCACUUCGGGUGGCUGGAUGGCUUGA